AUGCCUGCCUCCAACGCCCCCGCUUUCGACAAUGACACUAUCAUCGUAGUCCUUGGCGCCUCAGGAGAUCUGGCAAAGAAGAAGACGUUCCCAGCGCUCUUUAACCUCUUCCGCCUCGGCCUGCUGCCCCAGGCCACUCACAUUAUCGGAUAUGCACGAACAAAGAUGGAAAGGGAUGCGUUUGCCGAAAAGGUCACAAGUCACCUCAAAAACGUCGACGAUGACCAGGGAAAGAAGGACAUCCACAACUUUCUCGAAAUUUGCCAAUACAUCUCGGGUCAGUACGACGAAGACGCCUCGUUCCAGAAUCUCAACAAGGAGAUGGAGCGCAUCGAGGCUGAAAUGAAGCACGACUCGCCCAGCCGCCUCUUCUACAUGGCGUUGCCGCCCAACGUCUUCACCGUCGUCGCAAAGGGUCUCAAGAAGAACUGCUACUCACAAAAGGGUCACAACCGAAUCGUCAUCGAAAAGCCCUUUGGCAAGGACCUCGAGAGCAGCCGAGAGAUGAUUGGCGCGCUCAAGGGUCUGUGGAAAGAGGACGAGACUUUCCGCAUCGACCACUACCUCGGAAAGGAGAUGGUCAAGAACCUGCUUAUCAUGCGCUUUGGCAACCCUUUCAUCGAUGCCGGCCUUAACAACAAGCUGGUCGACAAUGUCCAAAUCACCUUUAAGGAGCCUUUCGGUACCGAGGGCCGUGGUGGCUACUUUGACGAGUUUGGUAUCAUCCGCGACAUCCAGCAGAACCACUUGUCCCAGGUGCUCUCUCUGCUCGCCAUGGAGCGACCCAAGUCGUUCUCGGCAGAGGACAUCCGCGACGAAAAGGUCAAAGUGCUCAAGUCGGUACCUGCCAUCGAGCCAAAGGACGUGCUUAUCGGCCAGUACACUGCCGCCAACGGCAAGCCAGGCUACAAGGAUGACGAGACGGUGCCCAAGGACAGCAACUGUCCCACCUUUGCUGCCUUGGCGCUAUUUGUCAACAACGAGCGCUGGAAGGGUGUUCCUUUUAUCCUCAAGGCGGGCAAGGCACUAGAUGAGGCCAAGGUGGUGAUUCGUAUCCAGUUCAAAGACACGCCAGAAGGCCUCUUCAACGAUGUUCCGCGCAACGAGCUGGUCAUCCGCAUCCAGCCCGACGAGGCGGUCUACUUCAAGAUGAACGCCAAGAAGCCUGGCCUCGAGAUGGCUACGCUUCCCGCCGACUUGGACCUCACCUACAAGGAGCGCUUCUCCCAGGUGCGCAUCCCCGAAGCGUACGAGGCUCUCAUCUUGGACGCGCUCAACGGCGACCACUCAAACUUUGUGCGAGACGACGAGCUGGAAGUGUCGUGGGCCAUCUUCACGCCUCUGCUGCACGCCAUCGAUGCGGGCAAGAUCAAGAACGAGCCGUACGAAUAUGGCAGCCGUGGACCUGCUUCGCUCAACGAAUUCACCGAACGCUACGGCUACAAGCGCACCAACGAAUCGUACGAAUGGCCCACCACCAACGUCAACAAGGUGCAAGGAAAAAUGUAG